GGUUGCAAAAAAGUGCGCAUUUAAUUACUAUGCGCAAAUCCUGCGCAGUGUUGACGUUCAGAGAACCUUAACCCGCAACCUUCGCUGUUUUACACAGAUGUGGAAGCCGAAGCUAACGCCUGGUGUUCAUAGUAGCCGUAGUUUUCAAUAAAACGUGUCUCAGGAUGUCGCAGCGAGUUUUUCGACAGUGAAGGGUUAAAAAUGUAAUAUUAAUGAAUACUUUAUAGCAUUGCGAGGUAAAUGUCAGGGUUUUUUCCGCACUUUGCCGGAGACAGCAAGCUUCGCCUCUCGGAUUAGAACUAGCUUAGCAAGACGCUAACCGCUUCUCACCGGUCACCGAGGAAACUACAGAGUUAGCUAGCAAAAUAGUGUCGUUUUUCAGGGACUUAAAUAGAACAUUGUUAUCGUCGGUAAACUAGAGACGUGUUUUCUAAACUCCUUACCCACAUGGUAAAGCUGUUUAUCAAGUCAGUCUCUAGGGCACGGAUUAGACAAGGGGACCGCAGGGGUGUGAACUGGUAUGAGACAAAUAUUUAACCAGUUAACUAGCCAGCCGGUCAGUGGCUAGCUAAAGAUCUGGCAAGAAGCUAACCGGCGACCUGAUCCAUGAUGUCCUCCCUCGGAAUCUGCGAGCAGACCUGCCUGGCAACAGUGAAGGGACAUGAGCUGAGGGCGGGGAAACGAGAACCUCGACUCCUGUCUCUAGUGGAGAGUUCAGGACAGUUCACGUUGAGUGUUUUGGCGAAUCCUGACGCAGUCGUAUCCAGUCCAGUGCCUCAGUUGUCCAUACCGAUCAAUAAGCAUUUUCACAUAAUACGUGAAGCAGAGGAGGCGCUUCUCAUUGACCUCUCAAUAAGCACGACGCUCAAGAUCCGUAUUCGAGGGGAGCAAGCGCCAGAGCUCUUGCUGGAGUUACAGGAUGAUGAGCGUACUCAGACUUUCCAGCAAGUGAUGAAGGCUAAGCACCAAGUUGAAGGAAAAAGUUCACUGCCGAAGAAGAUGGAACCUGUUGUUUCUGCCCCAUCUAAAGGCUCUAUCCCGAUUCCCCCUCAGAGAAGCACCUCCAAGGCAGCAAGCAAUUCGUCCAGAGCCAUGCAACAAGGCGACACCAACAGUAGCAUGCCAGGAAAGCCUUUAACAUAUGAUUCUGUAGGCUCUCAAAGUCAGCUUGUGACAGACUUUGGCUUUGAGGAUCAUUUCAACCAUGGUUUAAGAGUAGAGGAAAAGAAGAAUAGACAGAAUCGGAUAGUUGCCCCAAGAGAAGCCCCUCCUCCACCUACACCUCCCCUUCCCCCUCGGAAAGGAAGUUUCAACCCCUCUGUUGCCCCUGCUGCAGUCCUACCUCCCAAAGAUAGACCUCCUCAAUUACAAAUGGCCACACCGGUCAGGCAAGAGUACAAUCACUCUACAGACCGAUCUAACUCUUGGACUAACAGUCCAACUACGCAAACCAUGAGGCAAGCUAUGUUAAGUAGCCAGACAGGCCAGAGAGAGGGCCUUCUCAAAUACCGUUUGGGCAAGAAGGAGAAGGAGUUUGUGGACAUCCAGAACUUUAGGCUUUUUGCAGGCACCUGGAAUGUAAAUGGUCAGUCACCUGAUAGCAGGCUGGACCCCUGGUUGUCUUGUGACCCUGAGCCUCCUGAUGUGUAUGCAGUGGGGUUUCAAGAGCUGGAUUUGAGUACAGAAGCAUUGUUGUACAUGGAUUCAUCCAGACAGCAACUGUGGGUUGAUGCAGUGGAGCGGAGCCUUCAUCCCAAAGCCAGAUACAGUCAGGUACGUUUUAUUCGGUUAGUUGGUAUGAUGCUAGUGGUGUUUGCCAAAAAGGAGCACAAAAACCACAUCAGUGAAAUUGCUGCUGAGUCUGUUGGAACUGGCUUAAUGAACAAAAUGGGAAAUAAAGGAGGUGUGGCAGUGCGGUUUGUGUUUUACAACACCAGCUUUUGCAUUGUGAACUCCCACCUCGCCGCCCACGUUGAAGACUUUGAGCGACGCAACCAGGACUACAAGGAGAUAUGUGGCCGCAUGAGCUUUCACCUCAUGGAACAUCCACCUCUCAAUAUAGUCAAACAUGAUGUAGUAAUAUGGUUGGGAGAUCUGAACUACAGACUGUGUUUAAAUGAAGCAGCUGAGGUAAAGAGGCUCAUUGCUAACAAAGAGUUGCGGAAACUCCAGUUGUAUGAUCAGCUGAACAUCCAGAGGGAGACUAAACGUGCCUUUACUGACUUUAUGGAAGGAGAAAUCAAUUUUAUCCCCACUUACAAAUAUGAUGCAAAAUCGGAUCGAUGGGACUCAAGCGGCAAAUGCCGGAUUCCUGCCUGGUGCGAUCGUAUUUUAUGGAGAGGUAAUAACGUCAAGCAGUUAUGCUACCGCAGCCAUAUGGAGCUGCAGACCAGUGACCACAAGCCAGUCAGCUCUGUUUUUACCAUCGGGGUGAAAAUGGUAAAUGAGCAGCGUUAUAAGAAGGUAUUUGAGGAGCUAGUUCGUGAUAUGGAUAGAAUGGAGAACGACUUUCUUCCUUCUUUGUUGCUAACUCAAAGAGAGUUCCACUUUGAGAACGUGAAAUUUCGCCAGCUACAGAAGCAGAGUUUUCUUAUUACCAAUGACGGUCAGGUGCCCUGUACAUUUGCCUUCAUCCCCAAACUCGCAGACUCUCAGUAUUGCAAACCCUGGUUGCGAGCAGAUCCCAAUGAUGGUGUUCUUGACCCUAAUGAGACCAUUGAAAUAUCUUUGGAGGUGUAUGUGAGUAAAGACUCUGUAACUAUGCUCAACUCUGGAGAGGAUAAAAUUGAGGACAUCUUGGUGUUGCACUUGGACCGGGGAAAAGACUAUUUCAUCACUGUGUCGGGGAACUACCUGCCAAGCUGUUUUGGAACCUCUCUGGAGUCACUGUGCCGUAUGAAGAAACCCAUCCGUGAAAUUCCCAUCACCAAGCUCAUCGACUUGGGAGAAGAUAGCUACAUGGAGAAGGAGAAAACAAAGAUGAAUUUCCUGUUAGACAGUGGCAACACAGAGGACAAGCCAUUAAAGAUCCCCAAGGAGGUCUGGCUGCUUGUCAACCAUCUUUUCACUAAGGCCUGUCACCAGGAGGAUCUUUUCCAGACACCUGGCCUGCAAGAAGAGUUGCAGAGUAUCAUUGACUGUUUGGAUACCAGUAUUCCAGACUCCAUCCCUGGCAGUAACCAUUCAGUGGCUGAAGCACUGUUGAUUUUCUUUGAGGCCCUGCCAGAGCCCGUGGUGUGUUAUGAACUUUAUCAACGCUGUCUUGAUGGUUCACAUGACACUCGUCUUUGUAAACAGUUAAUAUCGCAGCUUCCCAGAGCACACCGCAACGUUUUCCGCUACCUAAUGGCCUUUCUGAAGGAGCUGCUGAAGCAUGCAGUCGACAACAACCUCACUGCCAACCUCAUAGCUACCCUCUUUGCAAGCCUUCUCAUCAGGCCUCCACCAAACCUCACAAGCAGGCAGACCUCAAAUGAUCGGCAAAGGGCCAAUGAUUUCAUUUUAGGCUUCCUAAUGGGCAGUGAUGAGGACUAAGAAGCUCAUGAGUGAUCAUGGGUCAUAACCUUUCAUCCAGGUGCAGGCGGUGGCCUGGUGACGGCAGAGAGAACUGUGCGCUUGUGCUUUGAGAGAGUGGUGUGUGAAUGAGUUAUUAGGUGUCAGCCCAUCCCUGCACUACCAAACCCGUUCAGAAAAAUGACAGCAUAUCUUUUGGACAGACUUUGCAUUUGGUUUUAAUUAUUAUAGUAGAGCCUUUGCUUAAACAAAGCCGUUUCAGAUCGCACUGGAGUCGCUCUGAGAGUUAUGGCUCAAUAUUAUUUGGCCUUUAUGAGGAUAUAUGAAUGAAUUUAUGUAAGAAUCCUUUCUUAUGUAAGUUUCCCUUUUCCUUUAUUCAGACAUUUUAAAUCUAAUGCCAAAACCAAAAACUGUUAUUUGUGUGUAUGUCUGUGUGUUAACUACAUAUGAAGAAAACCAAUAUUAAUUGACUUGUACACUAAAUACAGCCGGGAACUUUUGACUGCUGCGCUCAUUUUGAGAGAUUUCAACAGUGUUGAAGCACCUUUUAUUGUUGUUGUUUUUUUAUUUUUUUUUUUUAUUUUUUUUGUGCUCCAACCCAGUUAUCCAGUUAUAGCUGUGCGAGUUUACCAUGUAACUAGUAAGAGACUGAUCUUCUCAGUUUGGUAUUAAUGGCCGGAGUUAUGUUAUUCUCGAAAGGUGAUUUUGACAAUCAUUUGGAUUUUGAAGGAAGGCUUUCUGUUGCAGUGAAUCUGAGUCACAGUGGUGUUUAUCCGUUGUAGCGUAAACAUUUAUUCAUAUCUAAUCCGUCCUUUUGUUGUAUUUGUCAGUUUAACCACCAGGUGACACUGGGAAUUUCUCAAAGCUCAGUAAGAUUCAAUCAUAUACAUUAGAGACCCAUGUGUCAUUGUUCAUCAUGUCUAAUUGUCAGUGACGUUUUAAUGUUGCAGCUCCUUCACAGCUAAAUUCGGCGUCUUCUGUAUAGUGCUGCUAAAAUCCUGUUAAACAUUGUGACAGUGAGCCUGGAUCUUCACGCUGUGGUUCAGCAGGACACCAGAGUGAUACACUGUGCUGUAUGGCUGUUUUGUUUCACUAAUUUCUAGCAUGUUUCUGAUGGUUUAUUCGAAAUCCAGCUAUGAGCUUUCUGGUUUACAAAGUCGUGUCUACUUGAUGUCUUAUCUUAUAUAAGUGUAUACUCUUGUUAAAACAAAUGGGUGGUGGUGUUUUUUUUUUUUGUGUCAUCUUCACUUUGAAAAAUGGUGCAAAAUGUUUCCUCUUCUCUCCUGUUUAUAUUCUGUGCAGUAACCUAAACCAUGCAAACUGUAAGAUAUCAUUAGGGGUAUUUUUGUCUGUCUUUUGUUCCCUUAAUAGAAAUGUGCACACCCUAAUUGCUUCUUGGGGCAUUGCCUGAACAUUUACAAAUGCUGUACAUAGUUUGCUAAAGAUAAGUGAGCUACGUCUCACUUAUCUUCUGUCUUUCAAGCCCCCUCUCUGUAUUCCAAAGCCAGUUUUUAGGGCUGUCAUAGAAAACUAUGUACAAAUAUAGAGCUUAAUCAUGCAUAUAUUAAAUCACUGCCUAAUUAUGUUUUAACAGAAAAUGAGGAUCUCUUUAACUUGAUUUGUAUACACACUCCUUAAAGUUUGCUUAAUCGUUUAAUUUGUCCUAGCUGUGACAUUUUAAAGUUCAAAAGUCAGGUUCUAUGUACCGUAGGAAAGUCAGAGUAUUCAGCCACAUCCUAUAAGUAGAAACUAACCUGAACAGUUAAACCUGUUGUCCCUGAAAUUCACCAUGCAAGACAUUUGUGGUAUGCUAGCUAUGUUAGAACAGGAAGCCGAGCACUGAAAACGAGUCAUUCAUAUUAUCAAAGGACAUAUUAAAGGUGAAACAAGCCUUUAUUUUUCACCUCAGUCGUUUCCACAGUGCAAGCUUUAAUUAAUUGAAACAGAGUUGUCAAACACGUGUAUCUAUUACUUAAUAAAUUAGCAAGAUUUCAUUCCACUAGACUUUGCUCUUGUUUUCAGCCCCUUCAGAUCUCUUCAGACACAGACAUGCUGAUCUCUACUGUCUGACCAAUUAUCUAUGUCUGGCACUUUUAUUAUCCUGUGUCUGUGGAUAGAUUUAGUCAUCCACAGCACUAAUUUGUAACUUCCUUUAAAACAGAUUCAUGAAAAGAGCCCAGCAGUCAACUUCCGCUUUCCUCAAAGUAUGAAGCACUUACUCAGCUUUGCUCUAGUGCUCAGUGAUUUCACAUUCAUUAUAUGGUCAUUAAAUGUUAAUUAUAUGGAAGGCUGCUUGCGUCUCCAUUUCUCCUUAUCAGACUUGCAGGAACAAAUAUAGCUGGAAGUUUACUAACUUGUAUCGUCUGCCGUCUCGCAUUUUGUAUCUGUUUAUCUGUUGGGUUCUGCACUGGUUUGUCUUAUAAUUAUGGUACAUAUGCAAAUGAAUACUUGCACAUCC